AAAUUGAGAUAGGAGAUGGCCGCACAGCGCCCUGAAACCCUACUUUUAAUAAAAUUCAAAAAAUUAGUUCAGGAGCUAAACGCCCACCCUCUUCUAUUCUUUAGGCGGUUUCGAAGAUCUUGUGGAAUGUUUUUGAGGAUUCUCGUUAUUUGUACUCUGCUGCCAUUUCUUCAUGCUCUCUCUAAUUCCAGAGAGUUGGAUGGAGUUCAAGGGACCUUGAUGGAGCAUUAUCCAGAGAAUCCGGGGAAAGGAUUUUCUGACGCCCAACACUUUAAGAAGCUGGUUGAUGUGUUUAAGAGGUACUUCAGUAUACCGGACUCUAGGCAUCAGGAGACAAGCACUCAGAACACAAAUUAUUAUAUCAAAAAGUCCUACAUGGGUCGACUUGUUAGACCUCGACGGGAUCAUUACCAAUUCACAUCUGAAGUCGAAACACCGAGGAAUGAUUUAUACCUGGAUAGAACCACAGAGGAUCAUCAAGUAAUUGUGAAUGGUCCGCUCAACGAUGAAUCUGGCGAUGUAUUUGCUACGGAUAGAUAUCUAAAGGAUAAUACUGAUGAUGCGUUUGCUGUUGAUAGAUAUCUGAAGGAUGAUACUGAUCAUGGAUUUGCUACAGAUAAACUUUCUUCAGGAGACAGCAUGGCUAAACGUUCCUACCUGCCUGCCCUUCUACAGGCUGCAAGACUGAGGAAAAAGGAAGAUACGGGAGCAGUUACUGGACUGAGCAUUACAAACAACUUUGAUGUACUCAGGAGGAGGUGGCUUGAGAAUCUGCACAGAAGACAAGGAGUUAAAGACUUCAGGCGAGGCGGUCGUCCAGGCACCAGCAACUUACAGAACCAACAUUUACUGGAUUCUAUUGGAUAAAUUAACAAGACCAUGGUCUACAGCAUCAAUAGCAUCGGUUUCAAGAUCAUUAUCAGUAGCCUUCAGAUCUUUGGCUCUAUAAGAAUCAUCUAUACAAACUUACUUUAUGUACGUUUCGCUAUUUGUACAUGUACCGAUAAUUACAAUAAAUAUUGAAUACUCCUGGA